CCGACUCCGAUGACACAGGACGACACAAGUUGCACAUGAUCUAACACUUCUGUGAAUCGGUACACAUAAAUGCCAUGCAAUUUCAUUGUCCGAAUCCGAGUCUCACGUCCUUUCAUCCAUCUCCAGGAUGAAUACAGAGAAGAACGAGCAAGGAGGUUUCUAUCAGCAAAGUUCUAAGGAGCUGCUUCCGCACCCUCCAGGUCUAGUUCAAGCCCGGAGGCAUUCAAGGGGGCCUGCCUUUCGCAAGUUUCUCGUUUUUGGAACCUUCACUCUUAUCUGUUUUCUACUUUACAAAGCUCGCUCUAUCUCCUGCUUCCAUGGUUUGAAGAAAGACAAGAAGUACUCUGAAUCCUAUGACAGUUAUGUAAAGCGUAUCGAGGAGGGCUAUCUUGCCGUUCCAUCCACGGAGUCUGCACUUGCAGCCUCGCGCGACUACGCCACACACCCACAUUUAGCUGGCGCAGUGGAAGACUUCCAGGACGCAAAAGAUAUCCUUGCGCUCUUCCAGUCCGAGUUUGGUAUCCCUACGCCUGAUACUGAGCCCAUCUACCCAGCAGGUUCCCCUGAGUCCCGCGAGGCAACUCUCGGCACAACCUCUAAACUUAGCAAACCAGCCGCAUGGGUUGAUAUUUAUUACCCAAUUAUGAACACAGGAAAUGCGGAUAGCAUGGCUCUCGAGCUGCUCGGUGAGAGCGACCAGCCCAUCUGGAAAGCCGACUUACUUGAGGAUGGUGACCCUCGUGACGAGACCGCUGCCAAGUACAAGCAUUCCGUUCCACCGUUCCACGGCUUCAGUGCUGCUGGAGAGGCUAUCGGUCAACUGGUGUACGCCAACUACGGCACCCAUGAUGACUAUAACAAGCUCAUUAGCGCCGGAGUUAACCUCACAGGAAAGAUCAUCCUAGCUCGCUAUGGUGCUAAUUUCCGUGGUCUUAAGGUGAAAGGCGCAGCAGAGCGCGGGGCAGCUGGUGUCCUGAUUUACUCUGACCCUCGAGACGACGGUAGUGUCACCGUCGAGAACGGAUAUGAGCCGUACCCCGCUGGUCCUGCCAGAAAUCCCACAUCAAUCCAGCGUGGCUCAGUUGUGUACAUCUCGAUCUACGCUGGUGACCCCACCACGCCAGGCUAUCCUGCAUAUGAGAAUGCAACUCGUAUUGAGGCAACUAACAUUCCAAACAUCCCAAGCUUGCCGCUUUCCUGGGCCAACGCCAAACUUCUUUUUGAAGAGGAGCUCGGUGGUGUCCCUGAGGGUAUCAAGUUAAACGGAAGAGUUGGAAGCAGAAAAAUUAGGAUGGUUAAUGAUGUGAACAGCAAGAUCACACCUAUCUGGAACACCAUGGUUGCAAUUCCUGGUCACAUAAAAGACGAGGUCGUCCUCCUUGGGUGCCACCGUGAUGCUUGGGUUAUGGGCGCUGCGGAUCCCACAUCGGGCACUGUCUCUCUCCACGAAGUUGUUCGCGGACUCGGGGCUCUUUACAAACGUGGAUGGAAGCCAUUGCGUACCAUUGUCAUUGCCAGCUGGGAUGCUGAAGAGUACGGUCUCGUUGGAAGCACUGAGUGGGGCGAGGAUUUUGCCGACUGGAUACAGGAGCAUGUAGUCUCCUACAUCAAUGUCGACGUAUCGGUUUCUGGUUCUCGCUGGGAAGCAUCUGCUUCCCCUUCUCUGGUCCACCUUAUCCAGCAUUCCGCCCAAGACGUCCCUCACCCUACUGAUGCCCAAAAGACCCUAUGGGAUGCAUAUUUUGAUGUUGGUCCUUACGAAGGCCCUGUAGAUGCCGAUUUUGCUCGCAUGUGGGAUAAAAAGACCUCCAAAGAACCACGAAUAGGCCCACUGGGAUCAGGAAGCGAUUACACAGUCUUCCUGCAGAGACUUGGUGUUGCCAGCUCCGACCAGGGCUUCGGUGGUACUCCAACAGACGCGCCUUACCACUAUCACUCUGUCUAUGACUCGCAGAUGUGGCAAGAGGUGUACGCAGACCCUGGUUUCCACAAGCAUGUUGCUGUUGCGCAGAAUUUGGGUCUGUUGACAUUGCGUCUUACAGAUUCCAUAAUCCUCCCUCUUAACACCACUCAGUAUGCGCUUGAGCUUGACUCCUACGUCGACAUCGUCAUCGAGUCUACUCGCCGCGAAGAGAUUCUGCCGGAUCUUUUCCCUCUUAGGAGGGCCAUUGCAUUGCUGCAGGACGCAAGCUUUAAGCUUGACGAGGAGAAAGUUGCUGCCGAGGAGGCUUUUUAUAAGGCUUUGAAGAAAGUCAGUCGUGUCCGGAACCCUCGCGUUGUUCGGCGGAUCAUCCAAUGGAUCAAGGAGCAUCUCGGUGUUGGUGCACAGGAGGUCCAAGACUUGAGGUUUGGCGCACUCGAAUGGAUGUCGUCUGUAACAGAGACGAGUAUCUCGGAAGCAUAUAUCUGCCGGUCGCGUGGCAAAGGCCCGUUAUGCGAAUUCAUACGGGCAGCUAAGAGAGUCAGAGCCGCUAAUCAGAAACUCAUGGCGUUUGAACGCGGGUUUCUCUCUGAGGAUGGCAUCAAGGAUAGGGAAUGGUAUAAACAUUUGGGUGUUGCUCCCGGGAAAGACCUUGGGUAUGCGCCAACUACACUGCCAGGCCUAACGGAAGCUAUUGUCUAUGACGAGGAUCGCGAACUCGCCGAGUAUGAGGUUGGUCGACUGGCCACACUCAUUGAGAACCUCGCAGACUUCCUUGAGGUCUAAAGUAUACUACCGCUUGUAGGCUUCCAGGCCAGCAAUCACGAAGUUCAAUAUGAACCUGCUUUCUUAGACACUAUUCAGUGUCAGUCUAGUGAGUCCGAGCGAAUUGGUAGCGGCAAUCGAAAGAUGCAUACGCGAUUCUCAGCCUUGUCAACCAUUCAGACGAUGGAGCAGCACUCAUAUUAUGCGAGAAGAAAAAUCCCGCGGAAAACGCCC